CUGUCCUCAGAUGAAAUGAAGAGGAGAAGAGACUUCUAUGCGGAGCACCCUGUAGAUGCUUCAAAUGGAUCACAUGAAGAUCGCGGUGAGGUGGCAGAUGAGGACAAGAGAAUAAUUACAGAUGAUGAGAUCAUCAGCCUCUCCAUUGAGUUCUUUGAUCAGAGCAGACUGGGAGGUGGAGUGGAGGAAAAGCUGUCAAAAGAUCAGGUGGCUAACAAAAGGUAUCUGCAGUGUCCAGCGGCCAUGACAGUUAUGCACCUGAGGAAGUUCCUGCGCAGCAAAAUGGACAUCCCAAACACCUACCAGGUUGAAGUCAUGUAUGAAGAUGAGCCUCUUAAAGAUUACUACACAUUAAUGGACAUAGCAUAUAUCUACACGUGGAGAAGGAACGGCCCUUUACCGCUGAAGUACCGGGUACGACCAAACUGUAAGAAGAUGAAGGUGAGCAACGCGCAGCAAGAGGGGCAGAACAGCGCGAGCCGGUCCGGGCCGGAGAGCGACUCGGCCAGCGACAAAGCCGGAAGUCCGGCCGGGGCGCCGUCCACCUCCUCGUCGUUGCCCAGCCCCAGCACGCCCGCCCAGUCCCCGCACCACCCGCAGCUUCCACACGGCCCCGAGGGCGUGAACGGGACGGCGACAGCGGCGGCGGCGGCGUCCCAGACCCCCAGCCGGCCAUUCGCCCAGUUCGGAGGCGCGAGCGGCGGGAAACCCCGGAAGGUGUCCCUGAACGGCUCGUCGACGUCCUCCGGAUGA